AAAUAUCUGGCAUACAGAUCAUAAUAAAUGUUAAGUGAAUGGAACUUACAGGUCUUCUUUCUUGAUUGAGAUGUCUAUGAUUUUAUCUGCUUCCGUCAUUCGUGUCAGAGAUGGACUGCCCCUUUCUGCUUCUACUGACUAUGAUCAAAGCACAGGCGUGCAAGAGUGCAGAAAGUAUUUUAAAAUGCUCUCAAGAAAACUUGCUCAACUUCCUGAUAGAUGUACAUUGAAAACGGAACAUUAUAACAUUAAUUUUAUUAGCUCUCUGGGAGUGAGCUACAUGAUGUUGUGCACUGAAAAUUACCCAAAUGUUCUGGCCUUCUCUUUCCUGGAUGAGCUUCAGAAGGAGUUCAUUACUACUUAUAACAUGAUGAAGACAAAUACUGCUGUCAGACCAUACUGUUUCAUUGAAUUUGAUAACUUCAUUCAGAGGACCAAGCAGCGAUAUAAUAAUCCCAGGUCUCUUUCAACAAAGAUAAAUCUGUCUGACAUGCAGACGGAAAUCAAGCUGAGGCCCCCUUAUCAAAUUUCCAUGUGUGAACUGGGGCCAACCAGUGGAGUCAAAUCUGCAUUUUCUAUUGACUAUAAAGGUGCUGGUAAGAUUUCUUCUGCUCACCAGCGACUGGAACCAGCCACUCUGUCAGGAAUAGUGGCAUUUAUCCUUAGUCUUUUAUGUGGAGCUCUGAAUUUAAUUCGAGGCUUUCAUGCCAUAGAAAGUCUCUUGCAGAGUGAUGGUGAGGAUUUUAAUUACAUCAUUGCAUUUUUCCUUGGCACAGCAGCCUGCCUUUACCAGUGUUAUUUACUUGUCUACUACACCAGCUGGCGGAAUGUCAAAUCUUUUUUGACUCUUGGUUUAAUCUGUCUGUGCAACAUGUAUCUCUAUGAACUACGCAACCUCUGGCAGCUUUUCUUUCACGUGACUGUGGCAGCAUUUGUCACACUACAGAUCUGGCUAAGGCAAGCCCAGGGCAAGGCUCCUGACUAUGAUGUCUGAGAACACCAUUCUUCAGAUAUAAUGUCUUGGCUUCAGGAGGGUAAAGGAAGGAGCAUAUCUUAACUGCCACCGUGAUGAAGACACUCACCACAAACGAGAAGCUCUGAUUUCUUUCUCUCCACUGUCCUUUUUGUUUUAAGUCAGCAUGACAUGCCUGUGAGCAUGCAAUAUCUGCUAAGCAAAAUCCUCUCAGAAGAAUAUUGGCUGUGGGAUUAUUAUUUAAAGGAGGAAGAGAAGACUUUUUUGUACAGGGCAAUAACAAUGGAAGAAGUCAGACACCUUUGGAAAACGUUUCAACAGUUCUGAAUCUUUGCUGAAGAGUUCACUCAAUAUACAUGAAAAAUUGACUCUUAAGGACCAAGCAGGAGCUCUACAACCUGGGGAAUGUCUUUGCGAGGCAUUAGAAUAGACCAAAUAAAGAGAUGCUACAAUAAGUUGGAUAGUUAUAUAUGUUUGAAGCAGUUGCCAAAUAUUAGGUUAUUUGCACAUGGUUCUGAGAAUUUAUAAAGUCCAGGGUGAUGUGAAGUUGAUUUUUUUUCCUUUAUAGUUUGCUUGAAUCUUAACUCUGGAAAUCACCUGAUAUAGAAGUCUGUGGUGACCUCAUCUCUUGAAUAUUACAAGUAUUAAAAAUACAGUGACAUUUCUAGACCGCAUUAGUCACUUGUUUAAAACCACAUCUUAAAAAUAUGAUUCAUUGGACUGUUCUCCUUGUUUCCCAAACUUCAAUCACUUGAAUACUAUACGUACUACUACUUAACUUAACAUUUAUCCUUUAAAAUAUUUUUAAGAGAAACGAAUCUCUAUUCCAAGUGGAAAACCACUGUCAGUUCGUUAUAAAUAAAAGGCAACUACAAAAUAAAUAAAAUGAAAACUAGUUAUUAUAUAUUAUUAAAUUAUAGUAAGAUAUUAUGCCUGCCAAGAAUCAAGGACUUCUGCUCACUCUUUGUGUAUUGAGAGAAAUGUUACCCAUCAUCAAAACGGGUCUCUCUUUGUGGAAUUAACAGAAAAUUGUAAUGGAAAUGACAUUCACACUGUGAUUCAGCAUUAUUUAAUUCUAUGUUGUGUGUCACCUAACAUCAUCUUGUGUGCCACAAGUUCCGAAGGUGACUUCUCCUAGCAACUCAUUAUUUUAUGACUUUGCGGAGUUACACACCUAGUCUCCUGGAGAAGUUCUUGCUAUUUGAUAGCAUUAUAAAGAUUGUUAAGCAGAUGUGAAUUUUAAUAAUAGGGGAAGCACAGUUUAAUUCCAUUAACAAAAUCUAGACUGCACCUGGUUUUGGAAGUCAUCUUCAUGAGUGGUUUUAUUUUGGUUUUUAAAGAAAAAUAUUCAAAAUAAGGAAUUCAUAGGUAUUGAAAUUUGAAAUCCAGGAAAACAGUGGACCCAUUACAUAUCAUUCAUGUUACUGGACAUAUUAAGUAGAAGAAAUAGAAGAGCAAAGUCAUUGAACUACCUUGUUUACCUGAAUCAAUAUAUGUCUGUAUGUCUACAACUCUAAAAUCUUACUUAAUUAAAGCCUUUUUGCUGUGUACGCCUCUUAAAAGAAUGAGGCAAAAGGAAAACAAUAAGUUUAUGACAUCAGGGAUUUAUUUAAAACAAGAAACUAAUUCACUCCAAUUUUCUAUCUAUAAUAAGACUGUGCAGAAAUUGUGUAUAUUCUGGUUUCACAUGCUCCUAAAUCAUCAAACUAAAAUUUUUGUGUUUGACAUUUUGUACUUACUGAGCAAGAAAGCAAAGUAGUUCAAUUUAGAACAUUUUUCAAAACUGAUGGUUAAAAGUAGAUAAAUUUUCUUGUAAAUAGUUAACCAGGUAGUAGGAGCUUCUGGUUAAUUGUGAUUUUGUAUUGUAUUGAUAUUUUAUCAUUCCUUAGCAAUUUGGUUCUUUUAAACAUUGAAUUAGUGAGUUAUAAUGUUUAA